AUGGGAAGAAGGAUUAAUGAAUUACACAAUUUAAGAGAUAACACAUCAGAAAAAGGUAUAGAAGUAAAAAUUAAUAUCCCAAAGCAUAUUAAUAAUAAUAUAAUAUGUAGUAAUAAUAUGAUUGAAACAAAAACAUAUAAAUUUUAUGAUAAACAUGAUAUUGAAGAAAAUGAAUUUGAUAUAUAUGCAUUAAAUACAUAUAAAAUGAAAGAACUUGAAAAAAAAAGAGUUUAUACAAAUAAUAAAUGUGAAUUAAAUGUUACAAAUAAGAGUUUAAUUAUAUGUAAUUUAUUAGGUGAUAAAUUAAAGGUAUUAAAUCCCCCAAUAAAUAAAAAUUAUUUAGAGAUUUUAGAAGAAGCAAAUGAUUAUUAUAUAGAUCAUGUAGAUAAAUAUAAAAAAAAACUUGAAAACAUUAGAAAUAACAUUGAAAAUACUGAUUAUACUUUUUAUUCAUUAAAAUCAGAUGUUAUCUUGAGUAAUGAAACUGAAAAAACAUUCAAUAAUUAUUUUAAUUUGAUAUAUAACAAAGAAAAUACAUAUGUUUCUUCAAAAAAAAAUAAUGAUAUUGACAGUAAUAACUUAAAUAAUAACAACAUAAAUACUUACGUUUUUUUAAAUAAAAACGAAUGCAUAAAUUCGUGUAAUAAUAAUUUUUAUAAUAAAAAAUGCGGUUUCAAAAAUAUAGAUAAUAAUAUUUUAAAUAACAGUAUUCAUAUAGGUAAUAACAUUAAUAUACAAAGAAAUUAUAAUAAUAGAAAAAAUUAUAGUAGUAAUAAUAUCGAAUAUAAUAAUGACAUAAAAAAAAACAGUGGAAAUUUAAAUAAUAGUAAUUAUUAUUUUAUAAGGAGUUUUAAUGGUAUAAUUAAUAUUUGUAAAAAUUAUGAAAAAGUUAACGAUAAUAAAUAUUACAAUAAUUUUGUCUAUAAUAAUGACAAAAAGAUAACAUACCUAAUUGAAAAAAGUAAGGAGAUUAACAAAAAUUUAAACAUUUUACAAAAUGAAGUUCCUUUAGUUGAAAAUUUAAACGCAUUAAAUGAUAAUAUUGCAAAUGAGAAAAAUUGUAUAAAAAAAAAAGUAAACACAAGUAGUGAUAAAAUUAUUCUUUAUAAAGAAUAUUGGGAUAGUUAUAUUAAUAAAAGGAAUGAUCUAGAUCAUCACAAUAAAAAAAGUCAUAAUAUUAAUUAUAACAGUAGUAAUAACAUAAGUCACAAUAUAAAUAAUAGUUUAUAUUUUACAGAAUUAAUUAAAAAAAAAAGUGAUGAUUCAUAUAAUGAGAGUAUGAAUAAUAGAGGAGAUAUUAACAAAAAUAAUAAUUAUAGUUGUUGUAAUGCUAAUGAUCUUGAUGAUAAAAUUAGUAUUGAUAUUGACAAAAAAGUUUGUAAUAGUAAAAUUAAAUUCAAUGAAAAUAGUUACAUUAAUAAGAAUACUAGAAAAUUUAGUUCCCAUUCAAACUCAGUUAAUGAUUAUAAGCUUUUUUCAAGAAAAUGUUCAGAAAAGGAUGAAAAAGAAGAUUCACAUACAAAUAUAAAUUGUAAAAAUAUUAGUAGUAGAAAAAUAAAUAAUAAUAAUGAUAAUAAUAAUGAUAAUAAUGAUAAUAAUGAUAAUAAUAAUGAUAAUAAUGAUAAUAAUAAUAAUAAUAAUAAUAAUAAUAAUAAUAAUAAUAAUAAUAACAACAAUAAUAAUAAUAAUAACAACAACAACAACAACAACAACAAUAAUAAUAAUAAUAAUAAUAAUAAUAAUAAUAAUAAUAAUAAUAAUAAUAAUAAUAAUAAUAAUAAUAAUGAUAAUAAUAACAAUAAUAAUAAUAAUAAUAAUAAUAACAAUAAUAAUAAUAAUAAUAAUAACAAUAAUAAUAAUAAUAAUAAUAAUGAUAAUAAUGAUAAUGAUAAUGAUAAUAAUAAUGAUAAUAAUGAUAAUGAUAAUGAUAAUGAUAAUAAUAAUGAUAAUAAUGAUAAUGAUAACGAUAAUGAUAAUGAUAAUAAUAAUGAUAAUGAUAAUAAUAAUGAUAAUAAUAAUGAUAAUGAUAACGAUAAUGAUAAUGAUAAUGAUAAUAAUAAUGAUAAUAAUAAUGAUAAUAAUAAUGAUAAUAAUGAUAAUGAUAAUAAUAAUGAUAAUAAUGAUAAUGAAAAUAACUUUUAUAAAAGGAAAAACGUUACUAUUUAUAAUAAUAAUAAAGGUUAUAAUUUUUAUGAAAAUUGUUUUAAUUCAAUAAAAAAAAAGGAUAGCAAUAAUAUUUAUUACAAUACAUGUCUUAAUGAGCAAUUAACAAAUCAGAAAAAUAUUCAUAAUAAUGAAAUUUCAGAAAAUAAUGUAAAUAAUAUAUAUAAAGGAAAUAAAUAUAAUCAUAUUAAUAAUUCAGGUAGUACAAAGAAUAAAUUAUUCUUAACUGAAGCUGACAAAGAAAACCAUGAAAAUAAAAUUACAGAAAAAGAUUCCUCUUUGAAUAAAGAUCAUUAUCAAUUAUUUAAUUCAUUGAACAGUAAUAAUUUUGAAAUAAAUAAAAAUAACUUAUUUUUAAAUAAUUUAAACAAUAAAGAUAUAUCUGAUAGGUUCAAAGACAAAAAUCUCAGUGAUACUUUUAGUAUAAAUAAUAGCGAUGAUCUUUCAAAUAAGGUUCCUUCUUUGUUUGAAAAUAAUAAUUUAAAUGAUUUAAAUGUACAAAAUUUUAAUAGUAAUUUACGCAACAACUAUUUAACUAAUGACACAACAGAUAAACAGAAUAUUUUGAAUAUUAAAAAUAUAAAUAAUACCUAUAAUGAGAAAAAUAGUAUUAACUGCAGUAAAUCUAUUAAUAAUGAUGAUGAUGAUAAUAAUGAAAAAUAUUAUAAAAACAAAUAUAACAGUGAUAAUUCCCUUUAUUAUAAAGAAGAUAAAGAUUCUGUAAAUUAUAGUGUUGCGAAUAAUUCUGAUAUUUUAAAUAUAGUAACAGAUCAAAUAGAUGAAAAUAAUUCAAAUAUAUAUAUUAAUAAUUUAAAUAAUACAAUUUUUGUUGAUGAUAAAAAUACAAACUAUAAUUUAAAUGAGACUUAUGAUUAUACACUUAAUAGUGGAAACCUAUUAAAUUAUUCAAAUAAUCAUGAAAAGCAAUUAUCUAAAAAUAUUAAAAGAAAAACGAAUAACGAAUUAAUAUUUUUUAGAAAAGAAGAAGUUAAGAAUUUGAAUUUAAGUUCUUUUAAUGAAAAUAAAGAAAUCAAAAAUGAAUAUGAUGAAGUCAUGAUUAAUGAAAAUGAUAAUUUAAUGAAUAAAGAAGAAUGCAACACUAUAAAUAAAAAAAAAACUCAUAAUAUGAAUAAAGAAAAUAUUUCAAAUUUUGAUAAUUCUGUUAUUAACUAUAAUAUCAAUUUAAAAAAAAAUGUUAAUAAUAUAAAAAAUAAUACGGAAUUAUUAAACGAGACAAAAGAAAAAAAAAAAAACACCAAAAAUCCUAUUUUGAAUAAAAAUGAUUUAAGUAUAGAAAACGAUGAAAACAAUUUUUUUCAUAAUAGUAAUAACAUUGAUGCUAAUUUUCAUUAUGAUAUAAAAUCAGAUGAAAUUAGCCCAGAAAAAUCUAAAGGAGAUAAAGCAUCAAUUAAUAAAGACAGUCAUAACUCUGUUAAUUGUAUGGAACCAAAAAAUGAUUACGUACAAUUAGAUAGCAUAAAUAGUGUAAAAUAUACAAAUGAAAAUACAAGUAAUAGUAAUUAUGUAUAUAAAGAUAACAUAAUGGAAAAUGCAAAUGCAUAUUUAACAAAUUGUUCUAAUGAACAAAAAGAUGAUAAAUAUAAUGAUGAUACAAACUCAAUAUGUAAUAAAAAUAUAGUAAAAAAUGACUCAUCAAAUUUAAUAGAAAAUAACAUAUUUGAAUAUAACAAAAAAAAUAUUAAUGUUGAUUACAAAUCUAUAUCAAAUCAUCAGAAUAAUACAUUAAAUGUAAAUAAAGAAGAUAAAAAUUGUUUAAAUGAUGCAAUCAGCAAUAAUGUUAAUUUAGAUAUAACAUCCAAUGAUAAUAGAGGUAGUUGUAUUUAUAAUAACAAAUUAAGUUACGAUAUACAGUAUAAUUAUUCGGAACAAAGUAUUAACACUAUUUAUGAUAAGAAAGAUAAUACAUUAGAAGAAUAUGAUUCAUUAACAAACAAAAAAAAAAAUGAAAAGCAAGGAAGAAAACAAAAACAAAGAAAAAAGCAAAAAAAAAACUCAAUGAAUGAUACAGAAAUAGAUUAUAUAAUCAAUGAAGACAAAAUAACGCAAGAAAAAAAUGAUGAUUCAUACGAUAAUGAAAAUUUUGUUUCAUCAAUAAAUGAAAAAAAUAAUGUUUCCUUAUAUAAAUCAAAUGAUGAAUUGCAUGAUUCUUUUUCAAAAAAUAAUAUGAAUUGUGAUAUAUCUGAUAAAAAUGAGUUAAAACAAAAAGUAUUAUCAGUAGAUGUUUCAAAAAAUAAAGUAAAUUUACCUAAAAAGGAAGAUACAGAUGGUAUGGAAUAUUAUAGAGAUUACGAAUCUUCUCAAUGUAUUAAAGGUGAUGUAUUAAAAAAUGAAAAAUUUCCAUUUAUAUUUUACGAUUCAAGUAUUCGAAAUUUAGUAGUUUAUUAUAAGGAAGAUUAUAAUGAAGAAAUAAAAAGUAAAUAUUUUUCAGCUCAAAGAUUUGGUCAUGCAACAGCUAAAAAAAUUGCUUUAAAUUUUUUAAGAUCUUUAGGAAUUAAUGUUGAUUAUAUGGAAAAUAAUAAUAUAUUUUCAUAUGAAAAAGAUACUAAAAGCAAAUUGUAUAAUAUAGGAAAAGUGAAAACACAUAUAAAUAAAGAAGAAAAUUCAGAUAUUAAUUUAACUUACGAUAAAAAAAAAAGAAAUGUUAUUGUUUCAUGGAUAAAUAAGUAUAAAGGUUAUAAUUUUAGGAAAUUUUCAACACAAAGAUUUGGUUUUGAUGUUGCUUUAUGCUUAUCUAUUGAUUUUUAUAGAAACUUAGGUGGAUUAAAAGAAGAAGAAGAAUUGAGAAAUUAUAUUAAUGAAGUUAAUAAUAAUUUUAGAAACAAUAGAAAUUCAGCAAAUAAAAAGAAGAAAAAAAUUAUAAAUGAUAACAUAAAUGAAAAUAAAAAUUAUAUAGAUAAUAUGUCAGUAAAUAAUGAUAAAAAUGUAUGUGAUAACACAUCCGUUUUUUUUGUAAAUAAUAUAAAACAUAAUAUAGAGAACAUUAAAAAACAAAACAUUAUGGAUACUAAUAUUAAUAGUGAUUUUCAUAAAUAUUCUAAUUUAUUUUAUACAGAAGAUAAUUUUUGUCAUAUAUUAGAGUAUAAAUUAAAAAAAUUUAAAGAUUAUUUCAAUAAUGAUAAUGUAAAAAUAAAUAAAAUAUACCAAUAUGAUUUUUUUUUAAAUAAAACCUUUUAUUUUUUAUACUUAAAAUAUCUGGAAAAUGUUAAAUCCUUAUUAAAUGAUGAAAAUUUUCAAAAUUUCACAAAAAUAUGUGAAGACAUUAAAACUUAUAACAUUAAUUCUUAUGAAAAGAUAAAAGAUAAAAUUACGGAAUUUUAUAGGAAUAAAAAAAGUUUAAACUAUUUUAAAAUUAUUGAUAGCUAUUGUGAUAAUGAUAUUCAUAAGAAUUUUAAUAGUAGUACUGUUAAUUAUUUUGUUAGUAAAAUGGAUUAUUAUAGAGACGAAGAUAUUUUGAUGAAAGGUUAUUAUACGUGUGAUGAUUCCAAGAUAUAUGAAAUUCUAUUUUUAACGAAUGAUCAUAAAAAUAUCAUAGAUCCUUAUAAUAUUAAUUCAAAUAAGAAUAAAGUAGAAAUUAACAAUAAUAACAGCAACAAAAGAAUAACAAGAAAUAUAAAUAAUGAAAAAAAAAGAAAUUUUCAAGAAUUCCAUUUCUAUUAUAGUAAUAAAAGAAAAAAGAAAUAUGAUGAUGAUAAUAAUGAUGAAGACGAUGAUGAUGAAAUUUGGGAUUAUAAUGAAAAAAAAAAAUCAAAAAAAAGAAAAAAAAAUUCAUCGAAAUACAGAAAAAGGAAUAAGAAUAAAACAAAAACUAGAAAUAGCUUAAUAUCAAAAAAUAAUAAUAUUAUAAAUAAUAAAAAAAAUGAAAGCAGUUAUAUGGAGCAAAAAUUAGAAAAUAAAUUGCUAAUUAAAAAUGAAAAUUUAUCAUUAGCAAAAAAUAAGAAGUUUUUAUCAACUAGCAAAAAUAUAAACAAUUUACUUAUGAAAGGGAAAAAGUAUAUUUUAUGUUAUAAUUAUAUGGGUAAAAUUCAAGUUAAAGUAUUUAGUGCCGAUAUAUAUGGUAUUGUAACAGCUCAAAAAAAAUCAGUUGUAUUUUUACAACAAGUUAAAAAAGAACUUAAAACUGAUGGUAAAAUUUUAUAUAGUGAUUAUGAUAAUAAAAUUGCUUUUGAUGUAACAAAUUCUUUAAUAGAAAAUGUUUUAUUAAAUUCUUCCGAGCAAGAUAAUUACUCAUUGAAUGAUUGUGAAUAUGUAAGUUUACCUUCUAAUAAUAAUAAUGGAAAAUAUCAAAGAAAAAGAAGAAGAAAUGUAGUAGAAGAAGAUUAUGAAAAAGAAGAAGAACAAGAAGAAGAAAAAAAAAAAGUAAAUGAAGAAGAGGCAACAAAUAAAAAGGAAGAUAAAGAAAAUGAAGAAGGAACAAUUAAGGAGAAAACACAGAAAAUACUUUAUGGAAAUAAUAAAAUUGAAAAAGGAAAAAAAGAAAUGAUGAAUAUAUUAAAUAGUAAAUUUAACGAAGUUAAUGCAAGAAUCAAUGAUAAUGAUUCCAAUACUUAUAAUCAAAAUGACUUAAAAGAAAAUACUUUUAUAAAUAAUAAAAUGAGUGACUAUAAUGAUUAUCAAAACGUACAUUAUUUUUAUGGAAAAGAAGAAAGUAAUGAAAAAAAAAUAAUAAACGAAAAUUCUUAUGAUGAAAAAAUGGUUAUGAAUAAUAUUCAUGUUAGUGGUAAUGAAAAUUCGGAAAACUCAGUAAAAAAUUAUUCAGAAAAUGACAAAUUUUAUGAUAUAAAUGAUAUAGAAAAUAAAGAUUAUAAUACAAUAAAUGAUAGAUAUAAGAAUUAUCUCGCGAAUAAAUCCUUCAACAAUUAUUUAAAUAAUAACUUAAUGGAAAUAAAAAGUUAUGAAGAUAAUACUUCAAAUAAUGAAAUGACAAGAUAUAAUAAUAGAAAUAAUAAUGAAUAUAUGAAAAAUAUACCAUAUGAAAAUAAUAUGGAAGAAGAUACUAAUGUAAUAGAAGAUGACAAUAGAUAUUCAUUAAUUAACAAAAAAGAAAAAAAGAGUAACAAUACUAAAAUUGAAAAUUUAGAAGAAAAAGAAAAGAAAAUCGUAAGUGCAAACGAAAAUGAGGUGAAUUUUUUUAAUCAAAAUAAUUUUUCUAUGUACAACAAUCCUAAUGUAAAAAAUGUAUUUUUAGUCGAUGAAGAAAAAAAUGCAAUACAAAAUGUUAAACAGAAAGCUAGUGAUUCAAAUAGUUAUAAUAAACUAAAUAGCGAAAAAAAAAUAGUUAAGGGAUUUUUGACUUUAAGAAAAGAAAAAAGUAUAUUUUCAAAUGUAAAAAGAGUUUAUUCAUUAUAUGAUUUAUACAAUAAAAUUAUUAACGAUAGUGAUUAUUCUGAUUUUCUAUCACAAAACAAUAAUCAAAAACUUUCGAAAAGUAAAAAAGAUCAACAGACUGAUAAUAUAUUAAAUAAAAACUCAUCUACCAGAAGCAGUAGAACAGCAAAUACAAAAAGAAUUAUAGAAAAUGAAAAAUCAAAUAAAAACGAAAAAAUAAAUGAAAUGGAAAAUAAAAAUCAAAAUAUGUAUGAAAAUAGAAGGGGAACAGAAAGUGAGAUAGAAAAUGAAAAUAAAACCAUUGAAAAAGAAGAAUUAUCUUUUAAUUUAAGAACAAAAGAAUCAAACAGAAAUAAUACUAUAUAUAAAAUAUACAAUGUAAAAAAUGAUUGGAGUGGAUUAGUUAAAUACAAUACAUCAAAAGGAAUAGUUAAAAUACCUAAAAUAUGUGUUCAUAAAUUAGCUAGAAAAAAAGGUUAUAUGAAAUUGACUUGCAUAAUUUAUAGAGGAAAAGGAGAAUUUGUCUCUUAUUUUUUGCAAAGAUCAAAUAAAAAAAUGAAUAGUAGAAACUCCAUAAAAAAUGAUAAUAAUGAUAAUUCUACAAACUCAUAUGCAUAUUUUAACAGUAAUGAAAAAGGUAGUUACACUAGAUUAAACAAUUAUCAAUGCAAUUCCUUGUCUAAAGAAAAAGGUAUACAAGAAAAUAGAAAAUAUUUUUUAAGAGAAAAACAAAAUAACAUCUUCGCAGAAAAUAUUUUAUGUUAA